AGCAUUUUCCAUUUAGCCCAAAAACAAAAACAAGCCGAUGACUUAGAAAACCUAAUAAUAACUGCCUAUCUUGUUCACUCGACACUGAUCACAAGACACAAGAACGACAAGCUCUCUUUAACGGCCCAAACCACACCAUAUUAUGGGCCGCAAACCAGCGCCACCCAAACGCACGACGACGACGACGACGACUGCGCCGCGGGCGGCAGUUACUGGCCGUCUGAUAAACCUAGACAGCACGCUAUCCCAGCAGAUCCACAACCUCACCAAACCCUUCCUUCCGAGAGCCAUUUUUCUGCUUCUCGAGCUCUCUGCUGAUUUCCGAUUGUUUUUCCCGGUCUCCGUCGCCCUCCUCCUGGCCCAGAUCCCAAACUCCACCGCUACGCUCCGUCCCUUCCUCUCUCCGCUCAUUCUCGGCCUCCUCCUGGAUCUGGCCCUCGUGGGUCUCAUCAAGGUUCUCGUACGCCGCUCUCGCCCUGUCUACAACAAGGACAUGAACGUCGCCGUUUCCGUCGACCAUUUCUCAUUUCCCAGUGGCCAUGCGUCCCGUGUUUGCUUCGUUGCCUACCUCGUACACCUCUCUGCUGCCUCCGCCAUUGUUGACAUUCUGGUUACGUUCAGGUCCAAUUCUCGAUUCGUUGACCGCUGGAUCGCUGCCGAUGAGGUGAAGGCAGUCAAUUUUCUAGUGGCGGUUGUUUGGGGUUGGGCGGUUUCCACAUCCGUCUCGAGGGUUUUGCUUGGGAGGCAUUUUGUUUCCGAUGUCUUUGCUGGGUCGUGUUUGGGGGUGCUUGAAGCUCUCUUUGCGUUUCGUUUUCUAAGGAUUUAGAGAGAAAUAGAAAAAAAAAAAAAAAAAAAAAUUUUUUUCUUUUUUGAGCUUAAUUAGAUGUUCUAAUGAAGCAUAGUCCUGAGUUAGGAAUCUGCAAAAGGGGUUCAUCAGGGCCGCUUAAUUCACUUUCGAUUUGGUUAGUGCCUAUACAUUACAUUACAUUUGUGUUGGAUGAUGGAUGUAACAGGUACUGUAUUUCUUUUGAUGCUAAAUUUGAAAUUCUUCCUAGCUUAGUAAUUUUUAAAAACUGAAUUGAAAGGAAAUGUAUAAAGAGUUUACUUGAUCAUUCAUGGAACGUCUAUUUUACUUAGUAUUUUA